UUCCGCCGCGAUUGAUAAAAAAAUGUCUAAAAAGGCUUACAAAUCGGAUGUAAAUAUCUGUCGGGAUUCUGAAAGCCCAGAAAAGUCUUCAAAUAGCUGUGUUAACGCAUCAAGCAGUGACAGUGAUUUAGAAACUAGCAGAAAACACAAACUACGUCGCAAAUCUAGCCGAGCUUCUUCAUUUCAUUAUAAAGCGCUGCCCAUGCGCCUAGUUGGCGGUAAUUCUGACAAAGCAGCAGAUAUUCCAUGCUCCUCUCGGGAUAUAACUCUCAAAUCUGCACAUAUUAUCGAGGACAGUUCCGAUUCGGAGUUUCAUAUGUCGAAUGAUACCAGCAAUGAUGAGCCCGCCAACCGAUCCAUAACUUUUUCAGCACGACCUAUAGAAAAACCCGAUUUGGUGUUUAUAAGAAAACUACGCAAACGCAAGAAACCUAAAAACAAAACUUUGUACAAAGAUUGAAAUCCAUUUU